CUUGGACGCGUGUGCAGUGCAUGCCAUGCUCUUUCUGUGUGAUUUUCUUUUUAGUCAGUAUCUAAUCCGUCCAGUUAAAGCAUCGCCUUCUGGACUCAAAACUGAGUGUUGGGCAUUGCUCCUAAUCUUAUUUUACUAGAAUCAAUAGCUACAUACCCAUAUUAUGAUUCGUUUCGCGGUACUGAAUGAAGAAGAGCAAGUCAAGUCUAAGGAAGAAGAGUCAGUGGAGAUACAGGCUGAGAAAUGUUUAGGUGUCUACGAGAGCGCCAUUAGGCUACUGCAGAAGGGUGAAAUAGAGGAGUCAAGAAAGUUGCUCAAAGAACUUAUCGAGUCGGACUUGAUGCUAAAAAUUGACAGCAAUUCAGAAAUAGCCGCGCGUGGGACACCUGUUCGACGUCUGCAGUAUUUGGUAUAUCAGAAUUAUGCAUAUAUCUUGGAGAGAAUCCAUGAUAAUGCCUCGGCUCUUCAGUUUUACUUGAAGGCAAUCGCAUUUGAUGACUCCGAUAAUUCGCUUUGGCUCAAGGUUGGUAUUUUAGCAGCAAACCAGAGGAAAUAUAAGCUUGCACGCUACGCUUUGGAGUCCUGCCUGCAACAAGUGCAAUCUCAGGUUACGGAUGAAUCCUCAGAGAAUAGUUUGAUGCUGGAUAAUUUUUCAUACCAGGACUUGACACCGACUCAAUGGGCAUGUUUAGAGACAUUAUGUGAGAUCCUUUACGAAAUCGGCGAUUUCACGGCCUGUGAAGAAUACAUUCAAAGGGCUUUCAAUAUUUCACCACAUUUUCAACGUGGGCUUGAACUUCAGGAUCUGAUCCGCAGUCGGUCACAGAAGGAGAUUGGAAGCGCUAGUAAUCUAGUUCGCAAACAAGUGGAUACACCCUUAUAUUUGAAAGAACAUAUUGCAGACCCUAAAGAGAUUAUGUUAGAAGAGCUAUCAUGGCAGAGCUUGGGAGGACUGCUACUGGGGGAAUACAGAUCAUUAAUAGCUCAACCCGAGAAGAAAUUUCAUAACCAGCGCAUAGUAAUCCGGAGCCAUAAUUUGCAAGGCGAGACCAAAGAUAUCGAAAUGUUAGAGGAGCCAGUCAAUAGGGGCGAAGCCGAAGCCUUCUGUGCCCUAGAAGGAGGAACGACAGGAGAGGAUACCAUGCAGGUUGACGACAGGACUGAGAACGAACCUCCAACAGAUGAACCUUCAGAAAAUAGUGCAUUGACCUCAUCCAUUAAUGAGGACUUGUGUGAGCAUGGUGAAAAGGAGGCUAUGGAUUCCGAGCAAAGCGCGGCUAUAAAGCGGAAACGAAGAGAAGUCGAGGAGAGAUCGGGACUAAGGUUAGUAUAUAUAGAACAGAUUUGAGUCAGACAACGGCCUCUAGAUCUCCGGCAUGCUAACUGUUAAGCCUAUUAACCUAGAACAUCGAAGCGUGUACGGGAUAAGCUGGAACAAUUUGAGGAGACCAAGAGAAAGCGUGAAGAAGAGGAGCAGGAGAUGCUAACUAAGUACAGAUUAGUCCUUUCCAAAUUUGGAAUGGAUAUGGAGAACGCCUAUAUUACAGGCAAGGAAGAUGAUUCGCUGAAGUCGGAAGAUAUUUUCCCAACAGGAUUAUCAAGACUGUUGAUCAUUUUUAAUAAGCAUCUGGAGCGUCCUAACGCACUGGUACAAGCCUCGAGUAUUGAUCAUGUGCAACAGUAAUGUACCUU